AUGGAAGGCGGAGUUAGGAGCACGCAGCACGCUUUCUGCAUUGGGGUAAGGAAGGAGGAGGUAAGGCAGCAGCACACAUUAAGUGUGUUCAUGGCAAUUCCACCCACACUGAUCGAUUCAGUCGUCUCGGCCAAUCAGAUGAGGCUGUUACGCGUGCUGCAGUGGCUACGAAGUUAUCGCCUCCAUCUUCAUCAGACAGGAUCCGAACGUUCGACGCCGACGAUACUCGAGGACCAAGAAUCGGAAGAUUUUGAGGAAGCUGAAUACCGACAGCUACAAAAAGAGGGCUACAAUUUCCACCGCACUCUUUCUAAUUCCUACAGCGGUUCAAUGUCAACCACCGCCACAACCCAAGAUCUCGAUCAACUUCUGGAGGAGCUUCGACGGACAAGUUUAGAUUAUACCUCAUCCUCAGCCCGUUCUCCAGCCACUAUCCACAAUGGUUCCCAUUCCUCAAGGCUAUAUUCAAAUCAACAACGAUCGGCUUUCGCUGAACCCGGUGCCACCAGUACUGGAAGAUAUACCAACCGCUCCUACUCAUUCACUGGAAGUGGCAGUAACCGUAUUGGAGGUGGAAGUAGUCGAUUGACUAGUACCUCCACGAGUUCCACUAGCUACCAGAGAUCACAGGCCUUUUCCACAGAUCGGGGAGUGGGGAGUUUGCGUUCCGGUGGAAAUCUGGCAGGAGAGGUGUCGGGCGGAUUUGUCCGACACUCCACUCCCGCUCCCCAAUUUCCCUCCUCUGGUCAGCCACGUUAUCAAACUACUUUUCGAACUACUCUCCAACACAGACCCCCUGUCUCACCUAAAAGAUUCAAUCAAAUUAAUGUCACCAUUGAUCCUGAACUUGAAACGUCAUCGCUUCUUUCUGACAAUCGGCAUUACCUGACACCGACAAUAUCCCGUGUCCAGGUGAAUUCAAAUGCAUCAGCUGCAAUGAAUGACACAAGUGAAGUUAUGAAUUAUCGUGAACUCCAGUUAUUGGAGGAGCUCUCAAGUGCCCGUCAGGAGUUGGCGAUGUUGAAACGAGCGAGCAGUGUGAUUGAUGAGCCCAUCCAUAAAUUGCCUCCACCUUCAACUCUACCGACUCAACGAAGGGCUUUCCAUGCUCAACAGCAUCAGGAAAACAUGGAGAUGUUCUCAAAUCGACAGCAAUCGCAGUACCAAUCACACCAAGACAUUCAAGGGUGGGUUCCGCAUUAA